CUUUUUCCUCUCUUAUUCCCUUCAUUAGUUGGUGGGCGGGCGAGCCCAUAACGCCUUCAACGUUUACUCUUGACUAGGGUUUUAGCAGCUGUGCAACAACGGGAGAGCACGAACAAAUUUCGAGCCCUGUUCCAUAAAUCCAUCAAAAUUUCCAUUUCUUGUUUCAGCCAACAAUGGAUGUCGAUUCUGAUGUCCGCAAUGUCAGUACCCAACCAUCUGAUGAUGCCGACUGCAAGCCUAUGGAGGCUGAAGAUUCAAACGAGAAGGGAAAGGCAAAAGAGGAGCUUGCUGAUUCGAUUAAGAAUUUAAUCAUCGAAGAAUCAUCUAGGCAUGCGGGGUCUUCAGCCACGAACUUCAAGCGAAAACCAGUUAUUGUUAUUGUCAUAGGAAUGGCAGGGAGUGGAAAGACAACUUUUCUUCAUCGUCUGGUGUGCGACACACAUGCAUCAAAUAUCAGAGGUUAUGUAAUGAACCUUGAUCCUGCUGUUAUGACCCUCCCUUUUGGUGCAAAUAUUGAUAUAAGGGAUACUGUACGGUACAAGGAAGUGAUGAAGCAAUUCAAUCUUGGGCCUAAUGGUGGAAUUUUGACGUCUCUUAACUUGUUUGCUACCAAAUUUGAUGAGGUAAUAUCAGUGAUUGAAAAGCGAGCGGAUCAGCUUGAUUAUGUCCUUGUUGAUACUCCUGGUCAAAUUGAGAUAUUCACAUGGUCUGCAUCUGGGGCCAUCAUCACUGAGGCUUUUGCUUCGACCUUCCCCACUGUAAUCGCUUAUGUUGUCGAUACACCUCGUUCAGCUAAUCCAGUCACCUUCAUGAGCAACAUGCUUUACGCCUGUUCUAUCCUCUACAAGACGAGGUUGCCACUUGUAUUGGUAUUCAAUAAAACCGAUGUGGCAAAACAUGAGUUUGCUUUGGAGUGGAUGGAAGAUUUCGAAGCCUUUCAAGCUGCAGUCAGUUCGGAUAGUUCUUAUACGUCCACAUUAAGUCAGAGUCUUUCCCUUGUGCUGGAUGAGUUCUAUAAGAACUUAAAAUCUGUUGGAGUUUCUGCAGUUUCCGGCUCCGGAGUGGAUUYUUUCUUUAAAGCGAUCGAUUCUAGCGCUGAGGAGUACAUGGAAAAUUAUAAGGCGGAGCUUGAUAAGAGAAUAGCUGAGAAGCAACGGUUGGAGGAAGAACGCAGGCGGGAAAACAUGGAGAAGUUGAGAAAAGAUAUGGAGAGCUCCAAGGGACAAACCGUGGUUUUGAGCACUGGUUUGAAGGAUAAAUCUGACAAGAGCAAAACUAAGAUGGUCGAGGAAGAUGAAGAUAUCGRCGAGGAAGACGAAGAUGAUGAUUACGAUAGAUUUACCGAGGAGGAGGAUGUCAUUGAUGAGGAUGAAGAUGAAGAGGUUGCCAGAUUCACCUUCUAGGUAGCAGACAUGGGACAAGUUUUAAUGAAACUGUGUAUAUGUUUUACGUAGAACUCGAGUCACCCCGAUUUUCUCCGAACACGAAAAUUUGUCGUGUUUCUCUUACAUCGUGACAAACCUGGAUGCUCUUGUAAUGUUUUGAUUGUGAUGAUGAUCCUUGUCAUCUGUUAGAGCUUUGGUUUGAGCUGGGUUUCUAACGUUGUACAAUUAUGAUGCCAAAUAGAAAUCAAAUGUUGAGAUGAUGACACGAUUUUUAUGAAUUCGCCAAAGGUUUCGUA